AGUGACGAUGGAACGAAGAUUUUUUAUGAAAACUAUAAGAAGUUUGUGAUUAGCGACGAGCACACAUGUCCAGAAUGUACAUGGGAUGACAUCGUGACGAUUCCUAAUCCAACUGGAAUAGGAGCAGCUGCUAGUAUUAACGAUCCACAGUACAACAUUAGCAAAGUGGCGCAGAAAAUUCUAGGAUUUGGACUGUUGUUGCUUGGCGAAUAUCCCUUCAUAUCGCACUCCGUCAGAGAGAUUCUUUUUGAUGGCUACAACGAUGCUGUGCUCGACGUCGGGAAUUCACAGAUCGUGCACUUCCUCAGCGGCAUUCUCAAUGGUGGAAAGAGCAUUAUUCCAAUCCCGAUUCCCGACAUGCCUGUUUUGGGAUUUUUCCAAGGAUACAAUAACAGUCGUGACGAGGAGUACUGGGUUGAAUCAGGAAAGGCUGACAUCAAUCGUAUCGGUGAAAUUGUUACUUGGGCAAACCAAUCUGCACUGCCGGAAUCCUGGUGGUCAACUCCGUACGCAAGAAGCAUUAGAGGCUCUGAUUCGGGAAGUUUCUGCAAGAUGCAUUUGGAGAAAACUGAUGAGCUGCCGUUUUUCCAGUCCUUUAUGUGUCGAUCGUUCACGAAAACGUUCCUCGGAGAAACUACCAUCCACGACAUUCCCUCAUACACAUUUUCCGUUCCGUAUGAAGACUAUGACACGACAGCUGAUGUGAAUAUCGGUUUUCGCUAUAGGAACAUUGAGAAGGUCAACUAUUUCCCAGACUGGCCAGCUUGUCCAAAUCGAAACCCUAGCAACUGCAAGAGUCCGAAUUCCGUGAACUGUGGCCUUCAGCGGAAUCUUUGCCACGAUUGCUGCAAUGGCAGCUUCGUUGACGGCACUUAUCUAAUUCCGCCUGGAAUUUUUCCGCUUGUCUGCUAUCCAGGUCGCCUUCAACCAACUCCGUUUGCUGUCAUGUAUUCCCCACCGCACUUCCUUUACUCACCGGCACAAGUUAUCAACUCCGUCGUCGGUGUCAAGCCGAACAACGACAGCCAUCGACCGAUGGUUUACAACCAUGAACCGUAUUCCGGUACCGUAACGGAAGUGCUCUACCGACUACAGGCUUCGAUGCCGGUGAUGAGAAGCAGAGUAGCGAUUCAAAAUCGUCAUCUCACGCAGUCCAUCAUUCCAAUCUUCUGGCAGGAUUCCCAUGCAGUUCUGUACGAUGACACCUAUAGAAUGAUUUGGCUCGGUUUCGUUUUCAUACCGAAACUGGUCGACUUCAUGAAGUAUUCGCUUGCUGUGCUGGCUCUCGCAUUGCUCGUUUUCGUUGCGAUGCGACGUUUACGACGGGGACGAGGUCGAGUGACCGGCGUUCAACAGGACGACGACCUGAAGCUGACUUCUACAAAUACAAUUGAAGACUGA